AUGUCUGCUGGCAAAACCACAUCGUCGAUGAUGGAUGGAAAUGCCGGGAUGCAGACAGACCUUGUUUCGCGUAAAUUGUCAACUCGACGACAGGGCGAGCAAUUGCAGGAGCCUAAACAAAUGAUGAGGAAGAAGAAGCCUGGCAGGCUACAACACAGAACACAGAAGCCUGAUAAGGCCACUGCGAAUGCCAUUUUGAAUGUUCAGUACGACAUGACAUACUCAGUACGAAAUACGGAGAUGUGA